AUGAUUCUAGUGGACGAAAUCGAUGGCAAUGGAGCUUCAAAGACUCCAGCAACGAGCCUUACCAGCCAUGCAAUCACAUUCUCAGUCAUUCAAAACACUCGGCUUGACAAACUUCUUACCGACAUCAUCCGCGUGUACGAGAACGACAGCAUGACGAGACCGCGUAUCGCAGAGGUGGGACUAGGCUCCGAGGUGGAAAAGGUGCAGAGCCUGCAGAAAUACUGGCGCGCCCGCUUCAGAUCAGAAUACUUCGCACUGGACCAAUACAGACUGGAUAGCCUUUUUGCUCACGCCCUUCGGGAUGUUUCGUUCUCUGCAAUAGCUUCCGAUGGCCUAGGCAUAUGGUCACCUAAGGAGCCGCUCGCACACGAGCUCUCAGAAGCCGAGGUGACCUUACACUACACACCUGGAACCUGGUGGCUCAAUCUCGGGUGCGCACACCGAGAUGGCAUUGUUGGUGCUGCUCUUCAGAGACCGACCAAGGGUCGAUACGGCGUUGCCGCACUUCCACUUUUGACAGGCAGUGAGGAGAGAUUGCCAGACGGGAGGAUGGAGUAUUGCCGCCGCGGGAAGCAGCACGAGAUGCAUUACAAUUUGCUUACACAAGUGGGACAGAAGACCAAGGUGCUGCGGGGUUUCCGCUUGAAAAGCAUGUAUGCUCCUGUCGCUGGGCUUAGAUACGACGGGCUUUAUAUCCUCAGAAGCUGGAGCCUCAAACUCGAUCAAGCAACGGACAUGUACUGCAUGCGGCUCAUUCUGGACCGUGUGCCUGGUCAGAUACCGAUGAAUGAGAUACUCCACACCCCGAGGCCGUCGCAGCUCGACGACUGGAGCCUGUAUGAGAAGUUGGAAAGAGAGCGAAUCAAGCAAACACAAGGCGAGGCAAGGCUAACUGAAUGGAUCAUUGGGCGGGACAAGGAGAGGAUAGAACGAGGUCACUGGCGUCGGAGUCGUGCAUUCAAGUCCGAGAUGAGACUGACCAAUCCCAGAGCCCCGGAGGCUGGGGGAGGCGCCCAGGAUUCCCACAGGAGGAGAAUAUCUGAUAUCGACACGGACCUUAUCCCCCCUUCCGAGGAGCCCGAGGCCGAAGACGAAGAGGGGGAAUAAUGGUGUGGACUGACAAGAUCCUGUCGCGCAAAGACCCCAGCAUGCUCCAUUCCUAUUCAGAGGGUCCAUUUGAACGCUAACACCAUAAUUUGAUUUCAGUCGGC